AUGGAGAAGGAAUCCCCAUCGAGCCACGUGGAGAAUGCUACUGUUGAGAGCCAUGGCGAGGAGAUUCAUGUCUCUCAGUCCAAGGUGAAUAUCAGUGGAACUGUGCAGCUCACUGCAGGCACUAUUGUCUAUAUUCCAACUCCUACUAGUGAUCCUCGAGAUCCAUUGAACAUGAGCAAAUGGCAAAAGGCCAUGAUCUUGAUUGCCAUCUCUAUAUUCUCGACUAUUGGAUUGUCACUCGUGUCCGGUUUUGGCGGCCUGCUGGGCUUCUAUAUUCCUGGAUAUGCGGCUGCUGGUAAAAACUAUGCCGACAUCACUUCUCUUAUGACAUACCCGACCUUGACCAUGGGUAUCGGAAACCUGAUCGGCAUGCCAUUGGCGAUUGCGGUUGGCCGACGCCUCGUCCUGAUCGUUGCAACGGCUGUCAUGGUCGUCGGUGCCAUCCUAUGCGCCUUCGCAACGGACUUCGAUUGGCACCUCGGGUCACGUAUGCUCAUCGGUCUCGCCGCAGGCCAGAGCGAGGCUCUCGUUCCUAUGAUCACCCAGGAAAUCUUCUUCCUCCACGAAAGAAGCACAUUUCUCAUGCUCCAACAGUCCAUCCAAACAAUCGCCACAGCAAUCUUCGUUCUCUUCGCAAGUCCCAUCGCAGAAGCCAUCACUCCGCAGUGGUGGUACGGCCUUGGCGCAUGUCUCUCCGGAGCGUCCCUCGUCCUAGCAUUCUUCUUCGUCCCAGAGACAAAGUACCACCGGUCUCGCUCCUCAUAUCAAGAAAGCUCAUCUACCGAAGGGCUAGAUGAAUCAUCCGAGAAAGAAGCCCACACAGUCGCUACAGAGCGACCAGCUCUCGACUACGUCAACUACGAAGCUCGUACAUGGCGUUCCGAUCUCCGUCUUUGGGUUGGCUCACCCGAGUGGCGCAAGGGAAUGGAAACAUUCAUCCAAUCCUUCCAACUCCUCCUCUUCCCCAACGUCCUCUGGGCAAUGGCCCUAAACGGCCUCACCCUCGGCGUCAACAUCGCAAUCGGUACUACCUACGGCACAAUCGUCACCUCCGAAUACGGCUGGGCCCAGAAGUCCGUUAGUUACGUGAACUGCGGCCAAAUCGUCACCUCCCUUCUAGCCCUCCCAGUCUUUGGCUUCGGCUCCGACAAACUAAUCGCCUGGUUCGCCGCCCGACGAAACGGCAUCCACGAGCCUGAGAUCCGCCUCCUCCCUCUAAUCUUCCCCGUCAUCGUCGGCACAUUCACAGCCGUUUUAUACGGGAUGGGCGCGACUUACCCAUCGUCUUAUCACUGGUUUGUAUACGUCUGGGCCGUUGCGGCGUACUAUUUCACGUUUGUGGGGGCGAAUAUCGUCGCGAUUACGUAUUUGCUGGAUAGUUAUCCGCAGAGGGCGAGUCCGUUGUUGAUUAUUAUCUGUGCGUUCCGGGGCAUUAUUUCGUUUGGUGUUAGUUAUGGCAUUUCGCCGUUUAUUGAGCGGAAUGGGUAUGAUGGGGCGUUUGCGACGUUUGGUGGGUUGACGGCUGCGUUGGGGUUGUUGGGGGUUCCGGUUUUUGUUUGGGGGAGGAAGAUUCGCGCUGUUACUGGACCGUAUACGGUUGAUAAGGAGUGA